AUGGCUUCUUACGGGUUGUUAGGCCAACCAGAAGAAGCUCUUACAGAUGCGCUGCACAAAUUGCGUCUCCUUAAUGUCGAAGAGAAACCAUUCAAGCGAAUUUCAAAACGCCUCUUGAACCCGGAAUCCUUCAUCGUCUCGCAAUCCUCACUCCCUCUCACCCCUCCCCCCGAAGAAACCGAUCCCGAGUCCGACGCGACCGCAGCAGAGGCCAAGAAACAAAAAAGCCUUGAGGAAUGGCGCCAUUUCCGCGAGGAUGUCUCACUCGACUUUGCUGCCUUCGAGGGAAGCAUUGCGCGCGUCCAGUUCCUGCUCACUAGCAAUGAGCAAGAACGCCAGCGAUAUGCCACUGAGCGAGUUCAGAUUCUGUCGACAAUGCAGUCCGUCCGGGAAAGCACCGCCGAUCUGCGCAACCAGCUUGAGGAGGCACAGCGACUUCUUUCUUUGCGAAAGACCUACGAUGAACUGACGGACAAAAUCACGAGCAACCGUCUGCUCAAGCCCCGCGAAGAUCAGUCGGCAAACCUUCAAAAACUGCGGCUGGAGAUUGCAGAUCUGGAGAAAGAAAGCAAGGACUACGCCAAGACCUGGGCUGAGCGACGCGAGCAAUUCGGCCGUAUUGUGGAUGAGGGAAUGCAGCUUCGUCGCUUGAUCCGCGAUGAGAAAGAGGAAGUCGAGCGUCGGGAAGGCAUGCAAGAAGGCGCAGACGCGGACGAGGGGGAUGUCACAUUGAAGGGCAAGGCCAGUGGCGGGAACACGCCUGGUCCUGAAAGCGAUGCUUUGACUCCAUCCCAUCAUAGCCAAGAUGAGAGCAGUCGACCAUCUACUUUGAACGUUGAGAAGCCUGAUACUACUCGUGCCGCAUCUCCUUUACGGCACGUUACAGCCGCCCAGAAUGAUGGGUCAGGUCUCGCUCGCGAGGACACUAGUAUGUUGGAUGAGGGCGAAAUCUCUGCGAUUAGUGAUGGCGAACUAUCCGAGCUUGAGGAGGGCGAGGAACUCCCCGAUGACUUCAACGAGAAGAUGGAUACUACCUGA